GUGGGAGUGGCGGUGUGUUUGUGGGUGUAUCCCCCUGCUGGAGGGAACAAACCCAGCUCUGUGUGUGUGUGGAUUUUGGUCCAUGCGUACACGUUGUGUUGGGAGGAAGCAGAGGCAUGCAUGUGUGGAUUGUGUGUGCCGUGUACUGGCAGGUGUGUGAUUGCAUUGGGGACAGCUGGCUGUGUGUGUGUGUGUGUGUUGGGGGGUAGGCAGGGGUGAAUUGAUCAGUUUUGGGAUAGGAGAUGCGUGUUGUGUGUUGGCAGGUGUGCGAUUGUACUGGGCACAGCCAAUUCUGGGUGUUGUGUGUGUGGGAGGGGGCACAGGAGGUGACAUGUAUGUGUCGUGCUGGAAGAGAUGUUCUGGUGUAGACCCAAGAGGCUGUGUGUUGGGAACACUUUAGAGUGUGUGUGUUGAACUGUAUGUUUGUGUGUUGAUCUGUGUGUGUUGGGGAUAUGUAUGUGUGUGUGCUGGUGAUACUUUUUUUGUGUAAAUGUUGAUCUGUGUGUGUUGGCAGAAGGAGGGGGGUGUCGUGCUGCAGUGGGUGUUGGUGUCCAGGGCUAGCAGGCUGUUUGUGUGUGUGUUGAUCUGUGUGUUGCAUGGCAGUGGGUGUUGUUGUGCAAGGCCAGUAGGUUGUGUGUGUGUGUGAGUGUGUGUUAAUCUCUGUGUUGUGUUGCAGGAGGGAUUGUUCAGAGCCAGUGGGCUGUGUAUGUCUGUGUGUUCAUCUGUGUUGUGUUGCAGGGAGUGUGGUUGUGCGGGGCCAGCAGGCUGUGUAUGUGUGUUGAUCUGUGUUGUGUUGCGGGGGGUGUGGUUGUGCAGGGCCAGCGGGCUGUGUGUGUGUGUGGAUCUGUGUUGUGUUGCGGGGCUGUCGUGUCCUGUGCCCAUCUGCACCUUGUGCGCCUGCCUCACGCCUGCCCGCCCGCGCAGGGUGUGAUUGGCCGGGGCCGUCUCUUGGCGCGGGCGUGCGGCUGGGGGAGCGUGUGGCUCGGCGUGAGACGCCCCCCAACACACACACACACACACACACACACACCCCGGCCCGACCCCGGAUCUCCCCGGCCGGCCUGCUCCCCCCUUCCCUCCUCGCACGGGUGGGAAGGUGACCCAUGCGCUGUGCCCCAGGUGUGAUCUCUGACACACACACCCCGUCCACACCCUGAACCGGCCCGCGUCCGCCAUGGAACUGCAGAAGAUGGAGGAGCAGGAGGGGCUGGAGAUGUUAAACGGGUCUGUCCCAGAGUGUGACAAAGCCAGCGGCCUGGAAGAUGGGGACCCCGCAGCAGAGGUGACGGCGGCCGAGCAGGAGGGCUUCCUGCCCCACACCACCAGCAAGAAGCUGAGCCAGUUCACCGACUUCGAGGGGAAGACGUCGUUUGGGAUGUCGGUCUUUAACCUCAGCAACGCCAUCAUGGGCAGCGGCAUCCUCGGCCUCGCCUACGCCAUGAGCAACACGGGCAUUGUGCUCUUCAUCGUGCUACUGAUCUGCAUCGCCAUGCUCUCCGCUUACUCCAUCCACCUGCUGCUGAAAUGUGCCGGCGUCGUAGGGAUCCGUGCCUACGAACAGCUGGGUUACCGAGCAUUCGGCCCGGGCGGCAAGGUGGUGGCGGCGGUGGUCAUCUGUGUGCACAACACGGGAGCCAUGUCCAGUUACCUGUACAUUGUGAAAUAUGAGUUGCCUCUAGUGAUACAGACGUUCCUGGGCCUGACGGAGAACACCGGGAGCUGGUACAUGAACGGCAACGUGCUAAUUGUCAUCGUCAGCGUCUGCGUCAUCCUGCCCCUGGCACUCAUGAAACAUCUCGGCUAUCUGGGGUACACCAGCGGGCUCUCGCUGACCUGCAUGGUCUUCUUCCUCAUCUCGGUGAUCUACAAGAAGUUCCAGAUCUCCUGCCCGCUGAACGGGACCGAGCCCGUGACCCCCCUCGUGUACUACAACGGGCACAACGCCAGCACCAGCGCCACCAGCACCACUGGGGACGAGUGCACGCCCCAGACCUUCACUGUCAACUCCCAGACCGCGUACACCAUCCCCAUCUUGGCUUUCGCAUUCGUCUGUCAUCCGGAGGUGCUGCCCAUCUACACAGAGCUGCGCAGGGCCUCGAGGCGGCGCAUGCAGAGCGUGGCGAACGUCUCCAUCCUGGCCAUGUUCAUCAUGUACCUGCUGACGGCCAUCUUCGGCUACCUCACCUUCUACGGGAACGUCGAACCGGAAAUGCUGCACACGUACAGCGAGGUGGAUCCCCUGGACCGGCUCAUCCUCUGCGUCCGCCUGGCCGUGUUGAUGGCCGUCACACUGACAGUGCCCGUGGUGCUCUUCCCGAUCCGCAGAGCCAUCCAGCAGCUACUCUUCCACGGGAAGGAUUUCAGCUGGGUUCGGCAUGUGAGCAUCGCUAUCUGCCUUCUGUUCUUGGUCAAUCUCCUGGUCAUCUUUGUCCCUAACAUCCGGGAUAUCUUUGGAGUCAUUGGCGCCACCUCCGCACCCAGUCUCAUUUUUAUCCUCCCCAGCAUCUUUUACCUCCGCAUCGUUCCCAAUGAAAAAGAACCGCUGAGAUCCAGGCCAAAAAUCCAGGCCGCCUGUUUCGCUGCCCUCGGCUUCAUUUUCAUGGUGAUGAGUCUCAGCUUCAUCGUGGCUGACUGGGUGACGACUGGACGGAGCAGCGGCGGGGGGCACUGACCGGCCCCCCCGCUGACCCCCGGCACAGACACAUGGACCCCACUGGGCCGGCUCGGGGGGCCCAGCCGUCGCUGGGGCAAGGGCACCGCCACCUCCCAUUGGCCCUUGCUCCGCUGCAGCCAUGGCAACGCUGAGACCAACGCUAGGGCCGCCCAUUGCCGACUGUUACCAUGGCAACGCUACAGACCCUGGCAGCGACUGGUGUCCAUGGGAACGGUGCCAAGGCCCUUCCAUCGACUGUUACUGUGGCAAUGCUACAGCGACUGGUUUCCAUGGAAAUGGUGCGAAGGCCCUUCCAUUGGCCACCUGUUACCACGGCAAUGCUACAGCUCCUGGCAGCGACUGGUGUCCAUGGGAACGAUGCCAAGGUCCUUCCAUUGGUUGACUGUUACCGUGGCAACGCUACAGCUCCUGGCAGUGACUGGUUUCCAUGGGAAUGGCGCUAAGGCCCUCCUAUGUGUGCCCUGUAGUCAUGGCAGCCUCCCAUUUCCAUGGGACAAAGGUCCAGAUU